AUGGAGCUCUUAGAAGAACGUCUUAGGCGUUACGAAGAUGAAGCAGGCCAAAUUAAUUAUACAGCAACAUUAAAAGACAAAAUUUCAUAUUUGCGAAAAAAUAAAGAAAAUGAUGUGUCCAAGGCAAUAAUUAAUAUUGAAGAUUCAAUGAACUUUGAUCUUUGCUUCGUUCUGGAUUGUACAAGUUCUAUGUCUCCUUAUAUCGAAGCAGCGAAAGAGCAUAUAUUAAAAGUGGCUAGUUACAUAAACAGCAAUAAUUCAAAUAUCGAAUUCUGGGUUGGUUUCUGUGGUUAUCGUGAUCACUUUGAUG